CUGCGCCUCCGGCGCGCUGCGCGCGGCGCUGGCGCGGCUGCGGCCGGCUGCCGCCUCGGCGCCGGGCGAGCCCUCGGCACAACCGCGCCGUGGAGAGGAGGCCGCGCAGGCAACGUCCCCCGCAUCGGCGACGGAGCCUGGACCGCAGGCGGCGCUGGCUGCGCUCGCUGCGGUUGCGCGUGGCGACGCAUCGAUGGGGCUGGAGGCGCAGAUCCUGAGGUCAGGUGAGCGGGACCCUUCUGAGGAAAGCUUAGGCGAUGGUCGCGCAGAGCUGGCUGCGGCCCAGGGCGCCCUCAAGGCAGCCUUUGGCGAUGGCGGGUUGGAGGCCGCGCUGGCUGCGGCGGCGUGCGACGACGUGCCGACCAGACAAGAGGCCGAGGCCGUGGCUUUCCGGGACUGCUUCAAGGCAGCCCUCGGCGAUGGCCGCUUUCAGACUGUGCUGGCUGCGGCCGACGCGGCCGAGGAAUUGGAGGAGGUGGCCGCGCCUGCGCGGGGCGGCGCGCCGGCAGGGCCGGAGGCCGAGGCCGAGGCCGAGGCCGCGGCGCUCAGGCGCAUCUUCCCGGGCGCCUUCAGGGCAGCCCUCGAGGGUGGCCGCUUCGAGGCGGCGCUGGCGGCGGCGGCCGCGGCCGAGGAGCAGGAGGAGGCCAAGACCCGCCCGGAGCAGCCGGGCGUGCCCGAACCACUCUGGGAGCAGCCCCCCGCUGCGAUGCCCGCCGGAAGCGCUACGCUCUUCGAGCGGCUCGUCCAGGCGGAGCUCCCCCCGGGGACUCCGCGUGCGCGGCUGCGGCGGCGGCUCACGGCG